AUGACAGCACUUCGGGUAUUGAAUCUCGAAUUCAAUAACUUCAACGGAAGCAUUUCUCACUCUCCCACAUCUAAUUUGCAAUCACUUGAGUUCCUUUCUUUGUCACAUAACCACUUCAACCCAGCUACAAUUUCCUCCUUUUUUAAUCUCUUGAAGAUUAAGAUAUUCAAGAGUGAUAACAACACACUUGUUGAUGAAACAGUGUCUCAAAGAAGUUGGACUCCAUACUUUCAGUUGAAGGUUCUGUCAUUGUCAAGUAGCCUUGCUAGAAGACCCACUAGAACGAUUCCCAAAUUCCUUCGUUACCAAUAUAAGUUACAAGCAAUUGAUCUCUCACACAACAAUUUAGUGGGACAGUUUCCCACUUGGUUGCUAGAUAACAAUACAAGAUUGGAGAUUCUUAAUUUAAGGAAUAACAGUUUCACAAACCCUUUCCAAGUACCCUAUCGUCCUAAUCCCCAUAUUCGAAAUAUAGAUAUUUCAAAUAAUGAUCUAGGAGGUCCAAUUCCAACAAAUUUGGGUUUAGUUUUUCCCAAUUUAUGGCAUUUAAACAUGUCUCAAAAUGCUUUUGUAGGCAUAAUUCCAUCUUCUUUAGUUAUUUUAGUAUCCUUGAUAACAUUGGACUUGUCUAGCAAUUAUUUGUCAGGAACAAUACCAAACCAUUUGGCAAUGGGUUGCUCCAAUUUGGCAUACCUGAAAUUGUCAAACAAUAAAUUAAGAGGCCACUUAUUUCCUGCCAAAAGUAAUCUAACUCAACUUCAGUUUUUAUAUUUGGACAACAACCAAUUUUCUGGAAAGAUCCCAUAUAGCUUAUCCCGUAGUGCUUACUUGACUGCAUUUGAUUUUAGUAGCAACUCUUUGUCAGGCAUGCUUCCAAGAUGGAUUGGCAACAUGACCAAAUUGGCUGGAAUUGUUUUGGCCAAAAACCAACUUGAAGGUCCUAUUCCGAAUGAGUUAUGCGAAGUCAAACAAAUUAUUUUUCUUGACCUUUCCGAGAAUAAUUUGUCGGACUUUAUACCAUCAUGCUUCAAUUCAUUGAACAUCAAACAUGUUCAUCUGGGAAAAAAUAGGCUAAGUGGUCCCAUUACAAGUGCAUUCAAGAAUAGCUCUGCUCUAGUAACAUUAGAUCUCAGAGAUAACCGCCUAACUGGCAACAUUCCAGAUUUUAUUGGCAACCUUUCAUCAUUGAGCAUCCUCCUCUUGAAAGCUAAUCACUUACAAGGAAGGAUUCCAAUUCAAAUAUGCCUUCUUGGAAACUUAACCAUGUUGGAUCUUUCAAAUAAUAGUUUUACUGGUCCAAUACCUCGUUGCUUGAACAACAUUAGUUUUGGGGCAAGUGACCAAAAAUCCAAUCUAGGAAGUAGAUGGAUAGUUAGUUUUGUCAGUGGAGCAUCGACAUACUUGGAGACAAAGUCACAUAUGAAUACUGGAUAUGAUUUGUUUGUUGCUUUUUUCUCAGAAGUGGAUGCACGACAAGAAGCAGAGUUCACAACAAAGAACAGAACUGACUCUUAUAAGGGUAAUAUUCUCAAUUAUAUGUCUGGAAUAGACCUCUCAUGCAAUUGUUUAUCAGGUGAAAUUCCACUCGAGCUUGGAGACUUGAGCAACAUUCGUGCGCUGAACUUGUCGCACAACAAUCUAACCGGAUCAAUCCCCACAACAUUCUCGAAACUAGAACUAAUAGAGAGCUUGGAUCUCUCCCACAAUAAGUUGAAUGGCAGCAUCCCCCCUCAACUUAUAGAGUUAAACUUUCUAGCUGUGUUCAGUGUGGCUGACAAUAAUUUAUUAGGUAGAACUCCAGAAAGAAAAGGUCAAUUUGGAACCUUUGAUGAAAGCAGCUAUAAGGGGAAUCCUCUUCUGUAUGGACCUCCACUACUUAAUUCCUGGAACAAAACUAGAUUGCCAUCUAAUCAUAAGGGAGAAGAAAGUGAUGGUUUCAUAGACAUGGAUUUUUUCUACAUAAAUUUUGGGGUGUCUUAUACAACAAUGUUGCUGGGAAUUGUUGCAGUUCUGUGUAUAAAUCCUUUUUGGCGUCAGGUGUGGUUUAGCUUCAUUGAAGUGUGCAUCACCAAGUCUUUUUGUUUCUUUGUUUGUGAUUUCUCGCAAGUUGUCCUGUACUUUCUAAAGUAUGUAGCCUUGCAUAAUGAUGAAAUUUGCAUAUGUUUAUAUGCUUGUUCUUGAUUUUCAAAUAUGAGGUUUAUAACUUUCCAUAAACCUUUAUGGAUCAAUUAUUUAUCUAUUUUCUAUUAAAAUGUAUGAACUUUUUAUGUU